CGGGACCACCAGCCGCAGAUGACGUGGUGUGGGAAGGGCCCGAGUCUGUAAGCAGGGCAGCAGGCGCAUUGGAGUCAGCUGGGCCAUCCGCAGCUGUACCUCCAGCCCAUGGGGAUGCCGCGCCAUUGCAUGGCUCCACCUCGUUAGGUGCUCCUGCGACGGCGGCCUUGCUGACCCGUGGGUCACCAUCCCCAGCUGCAGCUCCCGCCGGCAUUGCAAGUGUGGGGCCUUCAGAUCUGGACCCACGACAGCCGCCUGCCGCUGCCGUACCUCCUCCUGAGCACGAGGCCCCGGGGAUGCUGGCGGCCGUACCCGAAGCGCCCCAGGGCGAUGGGGAGCCUGGCCCCCCGGCAGGGUUACCGGCUACUGCCGCUGCCAACCCAGCUGCUCCCGCUGCUGGUGCUGCUGAGCUUGCCGAGCCCGCUCCCAUGGACGUGGAUGGUGGCGACGCUGGUAUGGGCAGCAGCAGCGAGGCAGCAACCGCUGCAAGCGGGCAGGGAGCUCCAGCAGCAGCUGAGGCGGCGCCCUCAGCAGCAGCAGCAGCUGCCUCCCUGCUACCGGACGGCGGCGGCAUGGGGGGUGCGGCUGCGGACCUUCCAGCUGGGCCGCGUACGGGGAGCGGGGGGGAGGCUGCCGGGUCUUUACAUCAGCCGGCCACACAGCGACAGGCUGCGGAUGCGGAUGUAGGCAUGGAUGCAGAUGCCAUGGAUGUGGACGUGGGUGCCGCUGCGCCCUCGCAGGCCGCCGUCCUUGCAGUAGAACCACAGCAGCAGGAGGAAGAGGAGGAGGAGCCUCCGGGCCCUGUUGGCCCGGCUGGCGGAGACGCUGUUGCUGGCAAGGCGCCGGAGGAGGCGCAGCAGCAGCAGUCCGGCGGCUUGGCCCUCCCAGACGCUGACGACGAAGCACGGAAGCAGCUCCCGGCGGAGGGCUUUGGUGGUUCUGCGGGCGUUACAGAAGGCCUCGGGGACACCUCCAUGCGGGAAGCGGAGGUCGAGGAUGACCCGGCGGGCGGGGAGGAGGCGGCUGAGGGGCGACUGCGGUCGGAACCGGGGGCUGAUGCGGCCUCGGGGCUCACAGCUGCUGAGGCAAGCUUGCGAGGGGAGGCGAUGAGCGAGGGAGCGGUUGGGGAGGAGGAGGGGCAGGCGGCUGCGGAAGCUGCAGACACGACAGCAGGAGGAGCAGGAGCAGCAACAGUGGUUUCAGCACCGGCUGCUGCUGCUGCUGGGGACAGCGGCAACGAGGAGGCCGCAGCCGCUCCACUGUCGCCGCCUCAGGCCUUCACUGCCGACAUUGCUGCGGCGGCCGUAGCAGCGGCAGCAGCGGAGGCGGCGACCUCGCCGGCACCAGGGGCCAGCAGGCCGCCCCCGGGGGCUCUCCUGCCGUUGCCGCCGCCGCCUCCGCAACCACAGCCCCGCGCGGAGGGCUACCAGGGACCCGUGGGUCGGCGCACCUCCACCAUGUCCCUUCAGACUCUGGAGUCCGGCGAGCUGCCCUGCCAGGACACCCCGCUGGGCGGCACUCCCUCCUCAGCGCUGCUGCCGCCGCCCAGCCACAGCCACCACGGCACCACCGGGCCGCAGCGCACACGCUCCUUAGCGGCGCUGCUGUUGGGAGGAGGUGGCGGCGGCGGCGGCAGGGGAGGCGGUGGUGGUGGUCGUAGUGGAGGAGGAGGAGGAGGAGCUGGGGAGUUGCAGCUGCUGCCGGCGCUGGAGGUAGCGGGUGGGAGGGGCACGAGCGUGCGGCCGGGGCAGGAGGACGCCGCUACCUUUGCGACGCCGACAGCAGCGGGACUGGGGUCGGCAGCAGCAGCGGUGGGUGCGGGGGGCAGCGGCGGCAGCGGUAGCGGGCAGCUGUCUUCCAUACAGAGCAGCGGCCGACGACAGCGGUGGGGCGCGCCGGUCAAUGCGACUGCCAGCGGAGCUGGCGAGGCGGCCGCCGCCGCCGACGGCGGCGGCAGCGGCGGCGCCACUCCAAGAGUCGCCAUGCAGCUCGACGUGUCGUACGCCAAGGACCUGGCGGCGCAUCUCUCCGCGUACGGCUCCCUGCAGGACCUCAACCUGCUGCCGCCGGGGGUGCAGAUCGCGCCGGGUUCGAUUGCGGCGGUGGCGGCGGCCGCGGCGGCGGCGCAGCAGAUGAGCGCGCAGCUCAGUAGUCAACUGCCGUACAACGCAACCACCACGGGCAAGCGCCGCUCCAGAUCCCCGCCGCGACCCGGGGAGGAUGGCGCAGACGGCGGCGGCGGUGGUGGUCGAGGCGGUAGGGGAGCGGAUUGGGAUAGGACGGCGGCGCCGUCGGAUGUUGCGGCUGUGGGGGAGGGACUGGGCCCCAGCGGGUCAGUUGGUGGCGGCACCAGGCGGAGCAGUGGCGGAGGCGGCGGUAGUUGGGGUCGAUCCUCACGGUCGAGAUCUAGGGAGCGACGGCGCUACAGUCGCUCCCCGCGGCGGCGCGGCAGCAGGAGCCGCAGUCGCAGUCGGUCGCCGCAGCGCGACUGGCGAGGGAGGCGGGAUCGCGGGGGGAGGGAACGCAACCGAGGGGACCGAGACACGGAUCGAGACCGGGAGAGGGACAGGGAGCGGGAGCGGGAUAGGUACGGUGGACGGGACCGCGACCGGGACAGGGCGCGGGAGAGGGAUCGUGAGCAGGACCGGCGAGGCGGCGCGGACCGUUACGAAAAGUACGAUAGGUAUGAUGGAUACCGUAAUCGGGAGUACGGGCGUUCGUCGGAUCGCGGGCGGGAUGGACGUGAGUAUCGUGGAAGCGGCGGCGGUGCCAGCGGAGGUGGCGGCGGCGGAGGAGGAGAGGCGUCACGGGAUCGUGGCAUGUCGGGAGGCGGCUCCGGAGGUUCGGGAGCUCGCGGCAGCGGCAGCGACCCACAGCAGCAGCAACAACAGCAGCAGCAGUUGCUACAACAACAGCCCUCGGUUGCCCAACCGUCUCAACAGCAGCCACAGCAGCAACAACCACCCUCACAGCCUCCUUCCAUCAUGCAAACCUCAUCCCAACAACAACAACAGCAACAGCAGCAAUCGCAAGCAGGACAGCGGGAUCGCCGGCCGUUCCCUGCUGCGGGGGGUGGUGCCGCUCCCGACGGCUGUCGUACGGCUGCCGCACGACGCGGAGGAGCCGCCGCAGCUGAGGUGGAGUCCGAGUCCGCCGCAGCAGCAGCCGCGGGGGGAGGCAUCAACCCCCACAAGCGGGGGCCCCGCGGCGGCAGCCAGCAGCGGCAGUACGGCAGUGGCGGUGGCGGCUACUCACGUGGCGGCGGCGGCGGUGCAGGAUCUACCGGCGGAGGAGCAGGUUCCGGAUCUGACAUGGACCUAGACGAUUCCGACAAGGAGGAGGAGGGUGCCGGGCCGGGAGCAGGGCGGCCGCUGCCAGCGGCCUCCCAGCGGCUGCCGCACCACACCAUCCCGCCGCCUGCUCCCCCGCCUGGGCCCCCGCCUCCGGGGCUCGGUGCGCCGCCUGCCUCCGCCUCCGCCCCUCCCGCGCCAGGAGGGCCCCCGCGUGGCAUGAUGGGGGCGGCGGGGCACCCCCUUGUCCCCUCGGCGGUACCUCCGCCUCCGCGGCAGUACGGCAGAUCGGGUGGUGCAGCUGCUGCUGCUGCAGCUGCUGCUGCGGGUGCGGUGCAUGCUGCGGACGUCACCCCACAGAGUCCCGCCUCCGCGUCCGCGGGGCGUGUCAGUCCGGCUCCCGCGGCGGGCCGGACCUCCUCACCGCCACCCCCUCACCGCCCGCAAGGACAGUGGCAGGGGCAGCAGCACCGCGCCACCUCACCUGGCGGCGGGCCGCGGCAGGGGCUGGCGGGCAGGGAGGGCUCCCGGCAGCAGCAACCUGGCAAUAACAACAGCAACAACAGCAAAUGGCCGGCCCCGCUGGGUCCGCAUCAGCAGCGUCUCCAAGGACAGGGGCAGCAGCCGGGGGCGGCACAGCAGCAGCAGCAGCAGCCACCCAAUAGGCCCGCCGCACUGCAAGGCAAGGCGGAGCGAGCGCUGGCCAAGUUGCAACAAGACCGACAAGGCAAACCGCCGCCGCUGCCGCCACAGCAGCAGCAACAACAACCUCAACCGCAGGCAGCAGGGGCAGCGGGCGGUGGUGGUACUGGUGCAGGUCGUGGAGGAGUACCGUUUGGGUUCAAGUUCGGAGGCAGGGACAGGGACAGACAGGGCAGGGAUGGCCCUGCUGCUGGGGCUGCUGGUAAUGCUGCUGGUGGCAGGUCCACUGCAGGUACGGCGGCGGCUACCCCUCCUGCUGCCGCCGCCGCCACACCACCACCACCGGGACCUGCUCCUACAAAUGCUGCAGUAUGUGCAGGAACAGCUGCUGCUGCUGCUGCUGGCGGUGGUGGCAGCGCAGGUGCGGGUGCAGGAGGGGAAGCCGGGACAGGCGCACGACUGUACGACGCCAACGCGGCGCCCGACCCACCCGGCAGUGUGCGCGUGGGUGACGACGCGCCGUUGUCUGCGGGCAUGGAGCCGGACCUGCUGGGGUUCAUGUCGCUGUCGAUGAUACAGUUCUCCUGCGCUUACAUGGUGGAGUCACCCCGCUCGCUGUUUAACAAGGCGCACAUCAAGGCGCUGGCGGACGAGGGGCGCACGCUGCGACGCAAGGCGGACAGCGUGCGGGAGGCAAACGGCAGUCGCUGGUCACCGCUGCUGCUGACGCUGUACUUGCAGAGCGCCCUCAAGAGCAUGGAGAGCGCCUGCGGUCACGAGCAGGUGGGUCAGGAGCGCGAGGCGGGGCUGCGGGCCUCCUCCGAGCUGCUAGCCUCCGCAGCCCAGGUGCUGGCGGUGGUCAGUCACGAGGCGCGCAACCUGGCCCGGCAGCUGCCCAAACCGCACGCCCAGCUGCCGCUGCCGGCGGCGGGGGCUGCAGCAGCGGGAGCAGAAGGCGGCGGCGGUGGUGUCGGUGGCAGUAGGGUUGGCGGGGGUGCGGAAGGCGUGCCGCAUGCGACGCCGCCAAGGCUGACGGCAGGAGCGGCUGGCGGGGGUGGCGCGGCGAUGGCGACGCCGCCGCCAGCGGCGACGGCAAGCAGAGGGCCCGCUGCCAGUCCUGCUGAUUCCAUUCGUACUGCGAAUGGCAUGCACACGCCGCUGGCGUCACACGCUGCCGGCCGGACGCCGCAGCAUGGGGGUGGCGCGGCGGCUGACGGCGGCGGCACGCCGCUUGGGCCGCUGGCGGCGGCAGCGGCGGCGGUGGCGGCUUCAUCCGCGGACGUCCCGGCGGCGUCUUCAGAGCUGCUGGUGCUCGUGGCGAUUCGUCUUCUGGCGCUUAAACUGACUGCGAUCUGCCGUACCAGGUGGCUCAUGCUUAAUCAGGAGCUGCUCACGCAGGCGCUGAAGCAUCAUGAGCCGUCGCCGCUGCAUGGCGGUGGUGCUGGCGGCGGCGGCGGCGCGGCGGCGGCGUACGGCGGUGACGAUGGCGGCGGCGGCGCCGGACGUCGUACAUCGCCGACGGCGGCGGCGGAUAGCGCUUCGUCAACGUUAGAGGCGGCGGCGCUGUCGGCGUCUACGUACACAGCCAGCAUACAGCAGAUGGCGGACAGUGUGCAGGCCUUCAUGACAGCCGCCGACCUGUGGCGCCGAGCGGCCGCAGAAACCCGCGAGCUCAACCUCGCCGUGUCGGGGCCGGGUGUGGAACCGGCGGCGGUGGUGGCGGCGGCUCGGAUUGGCGCGCUGGGCUACGAGGGCGGCGUAUGGGACCUGAUGGGUAGUGUCAACCUGGCCAGGAAGGCGCUGGACUCUAUCACAGGGCUCUUCUAAAGAGGAGGGGCGCGCCUGGCCGCCGAUCACAACACAACACAGCACCCUGCUUUUGGGGGUUCUUUGGCCCUUUCUGGGGCUCCGCUGGGGGGGGUGUAGCACUGGCUGACAUUCUUGCUGCUGACGUCUGUGUCGGAGUGCUUUGGUAGCUGCAAGGAGGGCAUCGUUGGAGGGUAUCGUUGGAGAGGCGGCCGGCAUGCAGGUUUGUUCAGAGAGCAUGUAGCAGCGGCUGGUUAGCCCUUGCUUACUGAGUGGAGGCGGAUGAGCAACGUGCAUAGGAGCAUGGCUGCGCGAUGUGGUCAGGGAGGCUUGGCGCUGAGAGGGUAGCAGGGUAGCGGUACGUCCCGUACGCCUCUUUGCGUUGCUGGUCAGCCAACUGGCACCGGCAGCAACACUGCCCGCAACAGCGAGUCGAGGGUUGCUGGCUGCGUUUUGGGCAGGGCCACGCUUGUUGCUGGGAUUUUGGGUGGGCCUGUUAGUUAGGUACAGAGCAGCAGACGGCUUUGGUAUCGUUCACCACAUGCAAUAUGAAAUGUACGCAGAUCUUCUAGAAGGACAACCGCAUGACACGCGCCCAUUAAUUGUGCUGGUACACGUCCAGGAACGGACCCAAGACAUGCAUGCACUACCCUUUGUCCGUUGUCACAUUGUAGUAUGGUAGUUUUUGGCAUUAUUGACACACAGGCAGAUUGGCAUGUAGAUUUUCACAGCUGUCUUGUUCGACAUUUAAUGACUAGGCGGACUGUCGAAUGGAAGAAGCAGCGGGUAGUGCUGUUGUUGCUGGUGUGGGAGUGCUCUGCAUGCGGGCACGUAAGACGUGGGUUUCCUGUUUUAAGAAAAACCCAUGAGCUGAGGCGCGUGUGCGAUUGCAUGGCUGAUUGGCUUUCAGUUGGGUUUCGCCGGAGCAAAUGCAAAGACCUAACGCUCUGGGCUGGAGUCUUGUGGUGCAUGCGGAGUGUUAUUAGGUUACCGUAUGACGGGAAGCUGUUGCGAGGGAUAUGAUUUGAUAGACAACACCGCUGCAUGGUAAGUUAUGAGAAGGGGGCGCUAAGGGUGCCAGGUGCAAGAGUGAGGGCAUGGUAGGACCUCCAUGCAGCACCCACACCCCAGUAGAGCUGUCGUUUGGGUGGGUGCUCCUCCCUAGGUUGGGCAGCAGAACUCCUAGUUUAACGUUUUGCUGAUAUUCAAGAACGGCUUUAUGGCCCAAGGGACAAUGGCGGCUUGAGGAG